CACGUGCUGUCUUGCGGAUUUGAAGGUUAAAGAAGAAGCAGCGGGUAGGUUUGCUAUCGUCUGUCCGCAGGAGAGGAUCACCAGGACGGCGUGUUUGUGGUUAAAGCCGGGUGUAAGCAGCACCGGAGCGGAGACAUGGAUCCCAUGAAAGCACAGCAGCUGGCAGCGGAGCUGGAGGUGGAAAUGAUGGCUGACAUGUACAACCGAAUGACCAACGCCUGCCACAGGAAGUGCGUGCCACCACAUUACAAGGAGGCAGAGCUGACAAAGGGCGAGUCGGUGUGCCUGGACCGCUGCGUGGCCAAAUACCUGGACCUCCACGAGAGGCUUGGCCGCAAGCUGACCGAGCUGUCCGUCCAGGAUGAGGAAAUGAUGAGGAAGGCAGCUGUGGGGAGCGGAUAGAGCAGAGGAGGAGACGUAGGAUGGGGCUGGAGGAGGCACCGGAGCACUCGGUGGAAGGACAGCACGAGGACAUCUCCCAGCCUCUCCGGAUGUGUCCGACUAGUUUUACAUUCAGCUUGGCCUGCUCCUCAAGACGUCACCGGAAAAUUACCUGCAAAGGAGAAAGACCCGGGACAUGUAUUAUUAUUUCUAUGUCAUUCUCUGUGAUUGUUUUUCUCUGCUUGGGGCACAAGAAGGGUGCUGCCUCUACUGCAGAUACUCAAAUACUUUGUUGGUAUCUACUGUCUGCUCCUCGAAGCAGAGUAAAACAAACACUAAGACUGAUUUGCAGUUAGUCUUUGUUUCCAAAUCACCAUCUGAACUCAGGUGAUUAUUAUUAUUAUUAUUAUUAUUUUGUUCGUUUUGAGAGAGCGUAAGUCAAAGUAAGUAAAGAUGUUCAGGUAGAGACACAUAGUUCACAAUUACAAGUUGUCUGUCAUGCAGACUAGGUGGGUUCUGUACAGUAGAUCAGACACAUGGAUCAGGCCAUGCACUGAAUUAUGUAUGCAGUAUCAUGACACUAUGCACAGUUGAGUCUUCCAGGCCUGCAUGCUGCUGUGUUGGCUUCACCUGUAACAGCUCAGAUGCUGACCUGCAGCCAGGCCUGCGUGGGGACAUGGACUGGUGUUGAAGAUGGACUUUGCUCCUCGGUCGUGCUUGUUCAGACUGUGUCUGCUGUAUACUAACGGACCAUGUUUUGACUGUGAACCUCUUUUUUUCUUUUCGUUCCUGUGUUAGCCACUGUGUCAGUGACGCAGCUUUUCAUCUGCUGCGCAGUGUUUGGUUUUUAUGUGUUACUCUAAUAAAACAUUGUCAU